AUGGCCCAUCAUAUUGUAGUGCGAAUCAUGAGAGUCCUUGCAGCGAACCGAAUGUUCGUCGAGCUAGCUGGGCCGGAGACUAAGUUUGGGCCGACGUCACUCUCAAAUACAUUUACUCUCCCAGCGCUUCGCAACGGUAUCAAACAUUGUUUUGAUCUGGGCUACCGCGGUGGGGCUGGAUUUCCGUCUUACAUUCGAGAGACGAACCACCGAGCGGUGGAGGACGAGCUCGACUGCCCGUUCCAAUAUGCCUUUCAGACAAAGUUGCACUGCUUCGAUUGGUGGAAGGAACACCCUCGCGAAGCUUCCCAGUUCCAUAUUGGUAAGCAGGAGGUAUUGUUAGUGGAUAUCGGUGGCGGAUUUGGACAUGAUCUCAUGCUAUUUCGGGAUCGAUGCCCAGAUACCAAAGGUCGAUUGAUUCUUCAAGAUCAAUCAGAUGUGAUCGAUGCAAUCCCAAAGGGCAGCCUCCACCCAACAAUCGAAGUGAUAAAACACGACUUCUUUAAACCUCAACCGAUCGAAGGCGCGCGAGUUUACUUCCUGAAGCACGUGCUACACGAUUGGCCCAACCCGAAGGCCCUAAUCAUUCUAUAUAAUCUCGUAGCUGUGAUGAAGGACUACUCUAAAUUAAUCAUUAUCGAGAACGUGCUUCCAGAAGCUGGACCUCUUCCUGUGCCUACGGCUGGUUUGGACUUCAUCCUGAUGAUCGGAUUCGCUGCAAUGGAGAGGACCAAGAAGCAAUGGGAAACGUUGCUGACCGAAGCGGGGCUGAAGAUCACUGGACAAUGGGUGAAGGAGGACGGAGAUGGCGUUCUAGAAGUUAUGUUAGCGUGA